CUGAAAAGUCUUGACAGAGCUGGAUUUUUCCGAUUUUUCUUCUGAGAUUCUACUAAGAGGAGCAGAAAAUGUGCGACAGUCCUGAGACCACGGAUGAAACGGGUCUGCUGGACGGCUGGCGUUUACGUGAAAAGAUUCUCGCCUCCUUCCCUCUGUGUGACCUGAAAGAGGAAGAUCUGACCCAGAACCCUCAGUUCUGUAAGCUGCUGGCCUCCUUAAGACAGCACAUCGAUCAGAAUGGACUCACGAAGCAGCUGACGGCAGAGCUGGUCGAGGCUGAGAAGAAGCUGCAGCACCAGAUGUGUUACUGGCUGCAGUUUGAGAGCCUCCACAGGGGGCUGGAGGAGAUGAUCCAGGAACAUCUGGUCAAGAAGCAACACACUGAUGUGUCCCCCGACCAGAACACGUUCUUGGAGACGAUGGAGAAGUGUCUGCUGGCGGCUCAGUGUGUCAAACGUCUGGAUCCCAGCAGCACCACACACCAGGAUCAGCCUCCUCUGCUGGGCCUGACGCCCGAGGAUGUGAAGAAGGCCCUGCCACCAGAGGAGGUAGUGCGGAGGACGAAGAUCAGCGCAGCCCCACAGCUGGAGAAGCACCUCAAGGGGAAGUGUCUCAGCCUCCUCACAUACUACGAUCCCGAAUUGGAUAAUAAGAACGAGAAUGCGAAGACCAUGAAACUUUCUCAGCUGCCAGGGCAGCUGAAGAAAGACAAGAAGAGAGCGGAGAGUCUGAAGGAGACCUGUGAAGAGAAAAGAGUUGUGUUACUGAGACAAACCCACAUCUACAUUUCUGAGCUGAUGAAGUGCAUCGAGCUGCUGGAGACGUUCAUCCACCACCACAGGAUGAAGGUCCAGGCUGACCUGGAUGAGAAGCAAGUGGACUACCUCAACAACAAAAGCAUGUUACUCCAUCAGAAAUUAAAGUCUGAGGUGAAUGAUCUUCUGCUGCAGACAUACACACCUGACACCUUAGCUGCUCACAAAAAAAUCAGGAAGGAGCUGGAGUCCAAGAUGAAGGCCUGCGAAGAGGAGAAGCAGUCCCUGGAGUCCAAACUGACCUCCUUCCAGGUCCUGGGGGAAGAGUUCCAGGCUUUAGCGCAGGAAUACUCCAGGAUAAAAGAAGAGAUAAAAGUGAAAACCUGGGCUGCUGACGAAUUCCAGCGCCUCAGUGAAAAGUCAUGAGCAAACCCCG